AUGCCAGUGCUAGCGCAGACCAACUUGACGUCGCAUUCAUCCCAGGCGUUAUCCCCCGCUCCUCUGUCUUCAAAUACCUCAUCAACGUCAUCGGUGAUUUCCCAAUUCUCUACACCAUCGACCCAGAACUUCUCGUUAGUUUCAUACCCGACAACCACGGUAUCGUCACUAGCGUCUAGCACCUCGGUCUCAAGCUCGGCCGAGCCGACCUCAACCGGCCCAGUUUUGGCACCCGCUUCAUUCAACCACCCAGGGCUUCUCCAGUCGGACAAAGAUUUCGCUCGCAUUCGAUCUAAACUAGCCGAUGGAGAGGAACCAUGGACAACUGCCUGGAACAAGCUCCUUGAGAGCUCAUACGCCUCCUCCUCGUACGUACCCAACCCAGUCGCGAUUGUAUACCGUGGAUACGACGGGACGAACGCCGAAAAUUAUGGCCAGCUGUACCGCGAUGUGGCCGCUGCGUAUGUGCUUGCUAUUCGGUGGGCCAUAACCCAGGAAAGCGAGUUUGGCGACGCAGCUUUGCGCAUCAUGGAUGCUUGGUCCUCGACCCUGACAGCCCUCUCUGGCACCGUGGAUCUCUAUCUCGCCGCGGGUAUUUACGGUUAUGAGUUCGCCCAGGCCGGAGAGAUCAUGCGCGAUUACGAGGGUUGGUCCACAGCGAAAUUUCAGCAGUUCAAGGACAUGAUGACCAAUGUCUUCUACAAGCCUGUAGAUGGAUGGUUCACGGGACACGAGAACUGGGCAUCUUAUGCGCCAGGGGUAUACGCCAAUUGGGAUCUGAGCCUGAUCGCCUCAGCCAUGUCUAUUGGUGUCUUGGCGGACGACCCGGCUAUCUACAACCAAGGAAUCAGCUGGUUCUAUAACGGCACAGGCAACGGCCAGAUUAACGAGGCGGUUCCUUUCUCGCAUUUUUAUGACAACCAGCUUCUCGGCCAAACGAUGGAGUCCGGACGGGAUCAGGGACACAACACACUGAACAUGGCGCUCUUGGGUGUUAUUGGCCAGACUGCCUACAACCAAGGAAAUGACUUGUUUGCCUACAAUGGCAGUAUUAUCCUUGCAGCGUCUGAAUAUGUUGCCCGAUAUAAUCUAGGCUACGAUGUCCCUUACACUCCCUACGACAACGGAUGGAUCGACAUGCCGACUAUUAGUAACUCGAGCCGCGGGAGCAUUAGACCGAACUGGGAACUACUCUACAACCACUACGGUGUUCUCAAGAAUGAGAAUGUGACAUGGACUAAGCAGUUCCGGGACCUGGUCGUCUCGGACAAUGGAGGAGCCGAAGGAGGGUCUGGUGAUUAUGGCCCCAACGGCGGCGGAUAUGACCAACUCGGCUGGGGAACGCUGCUCUACACCUUGAAGUAG